UUUUGCAUUGAUAUAAGAACCUUAACAUCAAAGGUGUUAAACAACAUGUUCAAUUAUUUAAAGAAUUCCACAGAGUUUGUGAUUGUUGCUCACUAUAGUUAGCUCAAUUUUCAAUAUUUUUUAAGGAAAAAUAUAUGCACUCAAACUACGUGGAAUGUUUUACUUUUCGGAAAAAAAUAGCACAAGCUGUUAAUAUGGCCGCCCACAGUUACUACAUCAUAAUGCAUUGCAUUUUACUCCUCAUAUGCAGUAGAAGAACUUUCAGUAUUCACCUCAUUGUUUACCUUUACUAGUGCAAAUAUUUAACUGUUCCCUCUCUGUCCUUUCUUCGCUUAUGUCUUCGGCUCCAAAAAGAAAAACAAGUAUGAGGAAAACUUAUACCAAAAGCAUAUAAAUAAUAACUGGUGAAUGCAUGACAUAUUCAAGUUAUAUUAGCGUUGUGCAUUUUAUGUUCUGACUCUGUUUUGUAGAUGUUGUGAGAUUCUUGAAGCUUUGACCGGUUUUGAUUUCGUUAGGUGAAGCUUCUAAUCUUCAUUCGUGUUUAUUCCUUUGGUAUAGACUGCAACUAUAGCGUAACAGUGAGUGCAGGUCAUGUUAUAAGUUGUGUCUGAUCUGGUAACUGAAGCUGUAGUUUCAUUUCUGCAAUUAGCGGUCUUGUAUAUUAGGAUAGAACUGCAAUACAAUGGAUUCAACAGGGUUCUUAAGCAGGUGGUUGAGCAUCCUCAGUGGCUGGCACUGUCAUAUGGCAUCUUUGGAAUAUGAUAUGAUAGGUUAUUAUAGCGAGGUUCGAUUAGAUUAUUCAUAUUCCUAUUUCUUUUUCGCAGGUUGAACCUUAGAGAGAUGCUAACAAAAUUUUAUGCAGGACUUCUUAUGGUAUUAACUUUGACCUACUAAAAGUCCUUGAAUGCUACAUCUUUUGCAUUAUUGGCCGAGUGAAUUGUGUGUGCAUGUCUUGCAUUCUCGGAAUACAUUCGUCUGUUGAUUAUUGUACUAUUUGACAUUUUGAUGUCAUUUUAUUUCCAUGAACUCAUUAUCAUGGUUAUGGGUUCCGGUUCCUGAAAGAGGUUAUCUGCUUAUCCUCUUUUAAAUUUCUAUAAAUAGUGUGCGGCUGCACCCGCAUCGAUGUGCAAAAAGUCUGCAUUAGCCCUUGAACUUCUGUAAGGAGUUGAAAAUAUGGUCACUAACUCACCAUAAACUGUUGCAUUGGAUUGUCUUCAGUUAGUUUCAGGUAAGAUAACCAAAUGCGUGUUCAGCUGUAUGUUACUAACGAUGGUUGGUGUUUUAGACAUAGGUAUUCCUUUAGCUACAUCUUGAAAUACUCCUAGGUCCUAACCAUAUUGGUGAAGAGUUACAGUCUGUAGUGGAGUUGGUCAAAUGGGAGUGAUGCCUAGAAAUGUGCAUGAUUGUGUAGGAAGUUAUUGGUCCUUCGGUUUGUGCAGUUUCAGACACAACUCACAUUGCCAAUCGGUAUUCCAGCAAAUUCUUAUGGAUACGCUAAGGAAUCUUGUGUGGGCCACAUCCAAGCAUGAUGUUUACAUGGCACAGAACAAUUCAGUGAUGCACUGGUCUUCUCUUCUUCAAAGAGGGACAGAAGUGCUCCGCGUUGCAGGCCAAGUUGUUCCAAAGCAGAAGGGGCAUGGAGCUCAGACACUGUCCAGGGUGCAGAUCAGCACAAUGGCCCUAAAAGACAAUUUCAUGGUAGCAGGCGGUUUCCGCGGCGAACUGAUUUUCAAGUAUGUUGACAAGCCCGGGGUGGUAUUCUGUACGAAUGUCGCUGAUAAUAAAAAUUCUGUCACGAAUGCUGUAGAUGUGUACGAGUCUCCCAGCGGCGCUACUCGAGCGACGGCGGCCAACAAUGACUGCACCGUCAAAUUUCUUGAUGCUGAGAGGUGCAGCCUGCUUAGUCGUUUUAAUUUCCCGUGGUCGGUCAAUAACACAUCGGUGAGUCCUGAUGGCAAGCUUCUUGCGGUUCUCGGCGACAGCUCCGACUGCGUGAUCGCCGACGCUCAAUCGGGCGAAGAGAUAGCGACUCUCAAGGGGCACCUGGACUACUCGUUCUCAUCGGCCUGGCACCCCGGCGGGAACGUCCUGGCGACGGGGAACCAGGACAAGACGUGCCGGCUGUGGGACACGCGCAACCUGUCGGCGCCGUUCGCGGUGCUGGGAGGGAGGAUCGGCGCGGUCCGGGGCCUCCGGUUCUCGUCGGACGGGCGGUUCCUGGCGGCGGCGGAGGCGGCGGACUUCGUCCACGUGUACGACGCGCGGGCCGGCUACGGCGCCGCGCAGGAGAUCGGCCUGUUCGGGGAGAUCGCCGGCGUGGCGUUCAGCCCGGACGCGGGCGCGCUGUUCGUCGGGGUGGCCGACCGGGCCUACGGCAGCUUGCUCGAGUUCGGCAGGCGGGGCCGGCACGCUUACCUGGACUCGUACCUGUGACUGAGUGGAACAGUCAUGUCGACCGUGUCGCUGCCGCGCGUCGAGCUAGAUGCCUAGAUGUGUGUAUAGUGCUCCAUAUGGCAAGUGGUGGUUUCAGUUCUGUAUAUGCGGAGUGGUACUAGUUAAAAGAUGCUACGGUGCAACUGGAUUACAGAUGGUACAUGAUUUGGACUGACCCUGAUUCGAAAGUCAGCAGGUACUACAGAA